GGUACGUGUUACAAAAUCUAACUUUGAACAGUUCAUUGGUAGCCCGAAAAUUGAUGAGGCAUAAGCUCGUUCGUGGACAAAAUAUCAAAUGAGAUUCCUAGUUUUAUUGGCAGGCUUGGUUGCAUUAGCAGCAAUGAUGCCGCUCUGUAUUGCAGGUGCUCCACAUCUUUGGGGCGAAUGGACAUCGUGUUCGAGAACUUGUGGUGCCGGAGCGCGAGUGAGAACCAGUCAAUGCAAUCAUCCCCACAACAAAUGUCCAACGGAAACCGAAGCUUGUAAUGACCAAGCCUGUGAUGUCAACGAAACAUCAGGUGUCAACGUAACAAGCGCAAGCCCAGGAGCCAACAAUACCGUGGGGCCCAGUCCAAGCCAAGGUUUUAACGUAACAAGCGCAACCCCAAUAGCCAAUGAUACUGGUGGGCCCAGUCCAAGUGAAGGCUUCAACGUAACAAGUGCAACCCCAAUAGCAAAUGAUACUGGUGGGCCCAGUCCAAGUGAAGCAACUGCCGGCGAUAUAACAGAAGGAAAAGAAGCUGUAUCUACAAAGACAGUAGAAGACGUUGAAACAGACGAGUUUGUUGGAUCCGGAACAAUGGCCAGGAUAUGGACAGACGAGUUAGGAAACCCCACAUCACAAGAACAUAAAGAAUUGAAGAAUGAUUGUGAGACAAAACUUAAGGAAACCUAUAAAAACGAAGACAGUGUGAUCGCCACUGAGGUGACAAAAUUUACUUCAGGCAGUGUGGUGAUGCACUUUCGUGUCAAAACGCUUCGCAGCAGAAGAGCUAGCAGCAGCAGACUGCAGAGUGUUUUCGCGUUGUCUGUUCAGUCAGGAGCAUUGAAAGGCCUAGGGAUAACUUCCUUUAAGCUCACCAUGAUGACAAAGGUCGAUGAAGGAUCAAAAAUAUAUUCGGAAGGUGAAGGCAAUUCUGUUGACCCAUGGCAGUUCUUCCUGUAUGGGUUCGGUGUGAUGACUGUACUGGCUGUAAUCUUUGUGCUGAUAGCACUCAUAAAAAUAAAGCUUGUGCCAAACACCCAGGACGAGCCAAAUAAAGAGGAUGACGAUUAUGGUUUUGAGUUGAAAUUUAAUUUUCCCGGGAAAGAAAGAAAAACAGAGCUGGAGAACAACAACAAAGUCGAGAAGGAGGACGAUGGUCGUAAAGCGUUUUACUAUUGACCUCGAGUUCAAGAGCACUGCCCAGGAGCUAUAUAACGAGCGUUCAUUGUUUGUAGGAAGUGAGCGUAUUUUCUUAGAUUGAUUCUUCUAGUGUAAAAUAGAUUGUCCCAAAAACAUGUACAUUUUAUUCAAUUAAGAGACUAUGAAGGACAUAGAAGUACUCCUUGGGAUAUCAGAAUUCUCCAAAAGAUAUAUAUAUAUAUAUAUAUUAGUGCUUUUUUUUCUAAAUUAGUUUUACUUUACAUUAUCUAUCAUGAAAAACAAAUGAUUUAUAUUCAAGGAAAUGAMUAGAGGCUAAAGGAACCGUAAGGUUUUCAAAGUUAGACCAUAGGCAAUGUAAGUUAUAAUUUUAUUCAGUAGCUUCAAGCAGCAACACAAAAUUAAUAGCAGCACAAGAACGGGAGGUGACAGAUGUGCCACAACAAAGCGACAAAACAUCACAAGAACGAGAAAUGAAGAGGAAGACGAAUAUUGAAAGUGAAUUAAUUUAGUUUUUUUUUCACAGGACAAAUUUUGUUUGGUCAAAAGAUAUAUUGUUGAACCCUUUUUUUAAAGCAGUAGACAUUUGUUUGAAUUCAGAGGGUAGUUCUUGCCAAAAAAAUUGUUGCUAUUGAAGAAACGUAGGGUCAUUUGAAGCAAUAUGGCGGCCAAUGUUGUAAUGAAAACUAAGUUUGUAACUAGAAAAUCUAUUUAAUAACGUGUAGGAAGAUGCUAUUUUAAUGGAUAUCCAAAGGAAAUAGGUCAUUGUUGAUAAAUUACAAUUAAUU